AUGCCCAAUUUCGGUACCAUCACCGUCGCUACUGUUGGCCAGAUCGGCUUUUGGCAGACAUCCAUGGACGGAAUCAAGGACACUUAUCCCCUUGUUUGCCGCGAUGCACCUCCCCGUGAGCCAACUUUCCUUCCUCCACCCCUUCCAGUUCUGGAGCAGAUGGAGGAGCUUCGACGCUAUCGAUGGGCUGUCGAUGAAUCCGUGCGCUAUCUACGUGAUCAUGCCACUAAUGGCGAGGAGCAAAUGGUGGUGAAUGUUCUUACACGGCUCAAGGAGAUUACAGAGGCUGAGAACCGUAGAAUUCAGCAUGCUAUCUGGACUAUUGACCCAGCGCGGUAUCAGUGGGAGCUGCAGUUGAGACAGGUGGCUGCAGAAAUUGUGCCUGCGAAUGCUAAUCGACCCGGUACCGGUCGUGCUCAAGGUGGUGCCAACCAGGGUGCUGGUAAUGGAGGCAACUAA